AUGUUUUGUAAGGUUCAUACUGACAUUCCUCUAGUUGAAUCGUUGCAGGAAAUACCUAAAUAUGCGAAGCUACUAAGGGAGGCGGUGAUGAGGAAGAAAAAGCCAACAAAAGUCGACCUUAAGCUACCGCAUCAUUGCAGCGAGAUCAUCCAAAAGGAAAAGGCAGUAAAGCAGAGAGAUCCGGGCCAAUUCAUUAUCAGAUGCCAGAUUGGAGAGAGAAAGGUUGAUAAGGCCCUAUGUGAUCUAGGAUCUUCCAUCAAUCUCAUGCCACUGAAGUAUUACAAAAAGCUCAACAUUGGGCCACUCAAAACUUCAGACGUAACACUAAGGUUGGCCAAUAACUCGUCCAUAAAAACUGUAGGUAUGACUGAGGACGUCUUAGUUAAAGUCGAUGAUUUCAUUUUCCCCGCCGAUUUUAUUGUGCUUGACAUGAAGGUAGACAAGAACGUCCCUCUAAUCUUAGGGAGAGAUUUUCUUGCUACUUGCAAAGCUUUGAUUGAUGUAGGUCGUGGGGAGAUCACAAUUAGUGAUAACUAUAGCCAAUCCACCUAUAAGAUCGAGAGCGAAAUGCUCAAGUUUGAGGAGGCAAAGCGGGCGAAGAUGGAACGGCAGUGUAAGGCAGUCAUGGUCACAGAUUCGACCAAACCCCAAGACCCCUUUGAAAUGGAGGACCCUUCUGCCUCCACUAUCUACAUUGUAAACGAGGGAAGUAGUGAAUGCUUGAUGUUGGUUAAUCGUGUGGUGAAAGUAGUCGACGAAAUUGACGUGAGAUUCGUCGAUUGA